AAACCACCGUGAAAAUAUCGGAGGUGCUCUGGAUGGAUUCUCGCGUAUUGGAAAGUGCGUGUUUGCGUGUCGGUUGUUGUUGCUCGGGUACUCGUGCAUGGAAUGGCCGGGUAUCGUUGUGCGCGCGAUAGCUAUGCGAUAAGAGGUGCGGCACGCUCCGGUGCAGCGCGGUGCGAUCCCUUCUCCUUAGUCGAACCCGAUGAACCCCGUGAUGCGGAGCAUCUCCUCCACCUGCCCCGGAAUGCUCACGCCCGUGAAUUUCUCCGUGAAGAGGCCGACCGCCAGAAAGAACAUGGCGAACCGGCUGUUCAGGAGCUCCGCGUUGCCGACCCACCCGGUGGUCUGGUAGUCCUCGAUCUCCUCCUGCUGGCGGACCUUGCGGUACUUUUCCUCGAGGGCGUUCAGGGCCGUCACCUGCUUCGCGAGGGUGAUCUCGUCCAGAACGAUCUUUCCGGGAACGUUCUCCGUGAUCCAGUCGUCGUCCCCGCCGAACUUUGCGUCCCAGUCAAAGUCGCCCUUGAUCUCGGGGAGCUGGGGGCCCGAGGAAGCUUCCUCGGCCGGGGCGGCCUCCCCCUCGAAGCCGGUCUCCGCGAAGCGCUUCGUGGCCGCCGUUGCGGCCUUGGCGGAAGGAGCGACAAAGGCCUCCGCGGAAAGGAGGCCGCAGGCGAGCAGGGCGACGGCUGUGCUAGUGGACUUCAUGGUGGUGGGCUGGGCAACAAGGUAACUGGUGUGGGUGGGUGAGUGGGUGGGUGUUAGUGUUUGUGUUUGUUUGUGUGGGUGGGCGUUUGCGGGUGCGAUGGAGCUGGAGGUUGUACGAUCAGCAGCGACGGCACGCAAGAAAAAGGAUGUCUUUUG